UAUGUUCCAAUAUGGCCGCAGAUUUCCACUCCUCAGUUAAGGAAAUUGGUGAUUUUGUGAAAUAUUUGGUUUAUUAAAGCUCCUAAUUCAAUCACACAAGAGGCCUACGGUAGGAAAAUGUUAAUUGGCUCACAAUGAUUGACUUUUUGGCCCUUUCGAAGAAUUUCCGUCUUUUACUGAAAGCGAAAUCCACGACGACUUGCUGAAGAGGAUAUCGAAGUUGAUCGCAAACUGGAUGAAAACCUAAUUCCUUCGCACAUAAUUGACUUUUUAAAGAUAUGAACCGCACUUUGCUUGUUGAAGAAGGAGAUGAUGAAGUUGCCAAUAGACAAGAUAAGAAAAAGAGAGAAAAAGAAAAGUUUGUAGAAUCAGCAGACAAAAAGAAAAAAAUGACUUUUAAGAAAGCAGAUGGUAAGAAAGAUGUACACCAUAACAGUUCAAUAACAGGCUCAUCUAAAGUACAGCCAGCUGAAAUGGUUGAUAUGGCUGCAGUGAAUCCUGAUCCCGAUGGUAUAACAUCGCCAGUGGGAUCCCCAGCAGUUACUGUUCCAGGAACAGGUGUUUAUCCAGGAAACAUUGUAAUUCCACCACCACCCAGAUCUACAGCAAUCCAACAAGUUCCCUCACAACACUUGCAGCAGAGAGGAAACUGGCCACAGCAGUCACAACAGCAAAUGCCUGCUGUCUAUAUGGUACCUGCACAGCAAGCUCACUUUAUCACAACACCCUUCCAGUCCCCAGGACCCCCACCUCAGCAAAUAUCAGGACAAUUUGUUACACAAUCAUACCAGCAAGGUCAUUAUGCUGGGGCACAAUAUCACCAGACUAUCCCUGUUGGACCUCCUGUUCAAGGUGUUGUGUACAGUGGUCAAGUAAUUGCAGGAUCUCACCAUGGCAAUGUGCUUGCAAGAACUCAGUCCCUACCUGUUUCUACAGGUGAACAGAUACAGAGUUCAGGGCAGCCUGGUUGGGCAGUGAAACCCCCAGCAAGUCCUCCACCCCUAAAUAAUGCAGUAAUAACUUACUGUAAUAAUUUGCCCUCAGAUCAUGAAAGGACAUGGAUGCAAGACAAAAAUAAUGCAAAUACAACGAACAAUACACAGUGGGCAGCAUUCCCUCCAAGUGCUUCUCUUCAACAAAUACCUGUCGUUAAUGAACUGGAUGAAGAACACAGCUCCAGUGAUGAAGAUGUUGAUCGCAGCAGUUCUCCUGAGCUUGCGGGUGAAGAGGGUGAAGUUCUCCUUAGAGCUCCAUCACUGGCGAGUUUUGCAGAAAGUGUCAGCAGCAUUGAAGAGGAAUCAGAAGAUAAUGUGUGGUGCAUUUUGCCUGAUCAAAGAGAAUAUUACACAAAACAGUUUCUAAGACUGCAACCAGCUAUAGAUGGUGUUGUGAAAGGACCAAGAGCAAGGGAUUUUUUCAUGAAAUCUGGCUUACCAGUUGAGGUGCUAUCCAAAAUAUGGCACUUGUCAGACCUCAAUAAGGACAAUGCUUUGAAUUUGGAUGAGUUCUGCAUAGCAAUGCAUCUUGUUGUAGCUAUGCGACAUGGCCUGGAACUGCCAUUGACCUUACCUACUGUCUUGUUACCAGAAAAGAGUGAAGUGGAUAUGUGUCCAAUUGAUGUGCCACCUCAAACAGAUGAAGGUGAAGAACCAGAGAGUAUAAGAAGGAAUGUUUCCUCACCAGAGCACUGGUUACGUUUUAGUGGUUCCUCUGGAAGCACUGCACAGCACACUAAGUUUAACAACUUGCCUAUGAGGAGGAAAGCACUGUCAGUUGUACAAGCCUCACCAUCACACGGUGCCCUCAAGGAAAGUGAGGACAGUGCUGGAAGACCCAGGUCACUGUCAGAUCCAGCUUCUGUUGAGGAUGCUUCAACAGAUGGCCAAUCAAGCAAAAUAAUCAACCUUGGUAAUCCUGUGAGCCCUCUUCAAGUCAACAUGCCAAGUACGCCUGCUCAGCAAGGUGAUGUGCCACACACUGGACCUCUUAGUCCCACCCACGUUACAGCAGAGAUAGAGAUAGCACGACCAAGAGCAGCAGUCAAACCUAGCCUUCUUGAUGCCCUUCCAGGGCAGCUGCUCCCCCCUCCAUCUGGAAAACAAGCCCGUGAUGGCUGGACACCCACUAAUAAAUUUAUUUAUCAGGCAUCACCUCGUCAAAAAGAUUCUAGCUCCCCUGAACCUUCCGAAUCACCUCCCUCUUCACCUGAAGAAGACACUCCUACUUCACCACUUUCCCCUGAGGGAAUGAGGACACCUUCACCUCCUCCUCUGGCACAGGAGGAACAGGAAGAGGAAGAACCUAAGGAGGAAGCCGGAAAGGAAGAAGUAGUCUAUCGAGUGAAUAGGAGAAGCGGUGAGAGGCCGAGGUCGACUGGAGAUGUGAAACUUAAUACUAAAAGUGAUUCUGGUUUAGUGACAACACCAGUCGAAGAAGAGGGUCAGAGUUCUGUGUCUUCAGAAGGAAAGAAAGAUCCACCUCCCCCACCCCCUAGGAACAAGAAAGGUCAUUCAAGAUCUUCUUCGUUGGAUCUCAAUAAGCUCUUUGCUACGAAAGCCAAGGAAAAUAGAGGAACACCACCAUCACCGUCGUCAAGCUUUUCCAGUCAGACGAGUGACAGUGCAGCGCCAGCAAAGAGCGAACCUAACACACCCAGACACAGAAAAGAGAAUAGUGCCGAACAAGAGAAAGUUGUAGCCGACCAGGAAAAAGUAGAGAAACAGGAAGAUUUUGCUGACUUCAGCAGAUUUGAAAGUUUUGUGGAAGCACAGGAAGGCGAAGGCACACGUGGUUCAUCCACUCGCCCCGGGAUUCAUAGGCGAUCAUUUUCACUCGACCACUCACAUGAGUUAGGGUGGUCUCGGUCAACUCCUGCUCAGAAGGCUUCAAAUGAAGGAGUCACGACAGCAGCAAGCAGACCAACUCACGCCCAGGAGGCCUUACCACGGCCAGUUCCGAAGUUGAAACCUCCAAGUCCUCCAACAUUAAAACAAGGACGAAGAGUAGACAAAGAUGGAGAAAAAGAGAGAAAACUUAAAACGGAACCGCCAAAAGUUGUAGUAAGGCCACUAACCAAGGAAGACAAAUUAAAUUCGAGAAUAAAUGAUUUGAAAGAAAAGAAUGCUGUGCUAUCUAAAGUUAACAGUGAACUUCAAGAGGAAUUGAAAACGAUGAUGGAAAAUCGAGCAACACUGGAGCUUAAACUUGGAAAGCUCAAAUCAGAUUCAACGCAAAAGGGAUGAAAACGCGAAUAAAUGAAACGAAGAACGAUACCUCCAAAAAAGAUUUUAUCCUCCUGCAAUGUUAAAUAAACGAAAAAAUUUUUUCGAAUUAACAGCAUUGCUGAUAUGUAUAUUUUCUUGACAUUUCCAUGUUCAGAAUAACUAAAACCAACUUCCACCCUUCUACUAAUUACAUUUUAAUGCAUUACUUUUUUUUAUCUUGCUUUUAGAUACGAACCGGUAAGUUAAGAAUUUUCUCUAUAAGCCACAUUCUAAAGAAUUAUAUUAUAUAUAAGAAAAUCUAAAAAAAAUAUCAUUGCGAUACAUAAUGGUAGAAUUUCCAAGAGAUGAUUAAAGAUUAGAAUCAUUUUGAAAA